AGUGUCAGUCAACUGGCCUGCUGGUGCGACGUCACUUCUCUUUAGUCAAAAGUCACGGGCGGCGACCGGUUGUUCUCGUCCGUUCUGCGUUACCCGUUCCGACUCUUCCCUAAACAAUUACCCUGAUCAGAACUACCUUCACCUUCGUUCGUCGCAAAGCCCUUACUUGUCCCCGCAAUGGCUUCUCGAUCCCCGGCGGCGAUUACUCCACUGCCAAAAUUAUCGUCGGCUCCCCAGACGCCCAUCGUGAGGGAUACAACGGCUGUACCAUCAACAGUACCACAACCUGUCCCCUUCCCUCCUCCACAGACGUUCGAUAUCAUUCCGCCAUUGCACGGUCUGCUUCUCCGAUUACUCUCACCACAGGCGAAUACGGAAGGUGUAUCAAAUGACACACGAGCCGCCGAAGACUCUGGGGCAGCUACCGCUCCCACCGGCACCACGUCCACUGCAGCAGUCCAGUCCCAAUCUCAUCCACAACAACAGCAAUCGGCUGCUGGGAACCAAAAUAAUGACGGCAAUGGCGUAAUGCCCACUGUUUCCUCUGCGGCACCAGGUAGCGCCUCCGCUGCGGCCGAAAUAGCUGCGUUGAGUUCAAACGCGCCUCCACCGCUAGACAUCAAAGACCUUCCUACCGAGGCCAGCUCCAUCAAGAUUCGUAUACAGAAAGCACAAGCUGUGGUGGAGAGCCUGCCUGAUGUUCACCGUUCAGUUGUGGAGCAGGAGAAGGAGAUCAAAGAACUUGAGCACAGAAUAUCUAGACUCAAAUCGGUCAUCUCCGAUUUUGGGAGAAGAGCCGACCCUGCGAAAACAGAGACAACAGAGAUUGAAGCAGCUUGAAGGGGUUCCACCACGACAGGGUUGUCUGUUCCACGGCGGAUAUUCCCACCGUAAGGGUAACAGACUUGGCCACAGAGAUUGCCUUGUGAUUUGCAGUCAGCGAGAGAGGGUAUUGGAUGCAUCAUGGAAGCACAACUUGGAUAACAACUCGCAAAUCCCGACGAUGGCUUCCCAGCGCCAGUGUGGAUUGUAGACGAACACAUCGGUUUGCUAAGAUCUGGCUAAGCAAGGGAUAGUAAAGCGUGCUAGAUACCUUGGGGGCAUUCAAUGGAUGCCGGCUUCCAUGAACCCUAAUGGCGUUGCUACAUGGCAGACCUCGUUACA